GGCGAGGGGCGGCCGACGUUCCGCGCGUCGUCGAUGCCGCACCGCUACAUCGCGGCGCUCUACUUCUCCGUCUACACGCUCACGUCCAUCGGCUACGGCGACAUCACGGCGACGAACCCGACGGAGUUCUGCGUCGCGACCUUCUUCAUCUUCUUCGGGAGCUUCUUCUGGGCCUACACGAUCGGGUCCUUC